AUGCCGGGUUUAGAUAUGAAAUUUUUCAUCUGGGCGCGGGGUCGGUGGCGCGAAUUGUCCUUGUCAACAGGGUGUGUAGAUGGUGCUGGUACCAAACCGGUGCGUUUCUUUUAUGUGAAUAAAGACCGACUGGAGGCGGCGCGCGGGCCCCGGGUGCUGCGGGCGCUACGAUCUCUUGCUGACGCAAAACCGACGGAAGUUCACGAUGGCCCGCCUGUACCACAGCGCAAUUGCAACACGAGCUCGAGAGAAGCAUCACAGAAUGUGCACAUUCGGAGCACCCACGCGCCGUGUCUCACCGACGCCGGCGUUCAAGUGUCCGGCGAUGAACUAAACACCAUAGAUAAAGGAAACGGUAAAACUGCCGACCGUUCAGUUAAAUCACCGUUGAAAGCGGCACAAACUGAAACGGCGCAAGUGGCGCCGCAGCCGCGCGCUAAACGAAAGCGAUCGCGGACGCCGACGAAGCAGAACAAGAAACACGCGACGACAGACAGCGACGGCGACCAGUCGAUGUUGUCGCUGCAACUCCGCAGACGGGACCGGCCCUGUAAAGAGUUGACCAUCGCCGAGAACGACGUCGACCUCUACCGGACGUACCUACUGAAGACCGAUCCAGACUUCGACGUCUACCGCUUCGAUACAGACGAUAAUUUCAAAAUGCAACUGUUCUACAGAAUCCACCCGCUGGUGUCGCUGGCACAUUGCGAGCGCUUGGAGCGAAUGUUGCACGAGCGACGGAUCUCGCAAGCCGAUAUAUCUCUGAAAGACUUCGCCACCAAACUGGGCCUCCGGUCUGUGUCCGAUCAGGAGGGCAGGAGAGAUAAGAGAUACAAGAUGAGGAGGAGGACGGUGGCGCAGUCGACGCCUUCUGCGUCUGAUGAGACGGACAAAGAGAACUUCAUCGUUAAUAGAAGAAGUGAACCGCGAGGGAACGCUGAGAGAGAUAGGACUUUGAGAAAACGGUUGAUGGUGGAAGCGGUGCGGAGAAACAUUGACAAGACCGGUGCGUUAGAAAAGGUCAGCGCGACCAAGAACGUGAGAAAGGGAGAACGGAAGAAAGAGGAAACAAUCCUGGUGAGCAGCUCCAGUGACUCAGCGAGUGAGUUCGUGCAAAAGAAGCCUAAAUUCUUCACUAAAAAGCCAGCGCCCAAAAACAACCCGAUGAAGCUCAUGAGUCAGUCUUCCAAGAAGUCUGUAUCAUCAAACAAAUCCCACGGCGGUCGCGAGUACUCGAACCUGGAGGAUCACGCGAUAGUCUCGUUCGUGAGCGGCGGCGACCGCGCCCGUUUGGUGAACGGGAACCGCGUGUGGCGGGAGCUGGAGGAACAGUACCACCGGCUCACCGGGCACAAUACGUAUAGAUACAUUACUUAUAUGUAUUUUAGUCCACAUUUCUGUUCAUUACUCCUGUGCCCACGUGGUUGACAAUAACUUUCAACGGUUUUGUGUAAAGAAAGAAAAAACGCUCGAGUGAGCAAAAAUGACGAAAAUACAUUAUACCAAUGUAUUAUGGUACUGUCGCAUCCGAAAUGUGGUUUUAUAAAAUUUCCCGUCAGAAAAACACACCGAGUUACUUAACUUCGCCAUUUUUCUCAUUUCGAUGCGACCGAGGAAGGAGGCAAACGAGUCAUGUAUCGGUACGUACACGCGGCUGCACACCAGGCUACCACAAUAUGUAAAAUUUGCGCGAACGAUUUCAUACUCUACUCUUAAUAUAUUAAGGCUUAAAAUCAAGUCGAGAAAUGUGUCAGUUUUGUAUAGUCUGACGCGCUGUCGAAUGUACACCGUGCGGUGUGAGGUAUUAAUACCCGCAAAUUGCUAAUGCGCCCGGCCGCCAUUUUGAUGACGUAGUGGCGUUCAAAAGCAGCAUUGCUAACAAAUAAAAACUCGUCGACGAGUAAGUGCACUUAUUGAGUCGAGUUGUAAUAUAAUUUUAAAUUACGUUUAAAAAAAUAUAUUACAGAUACAGAUUUUUUAUUAUUUCCGUAUGCCUCAACAGUUACGUAUAAAUUGAUUCUUUUCCAAAACAUCAUGCAAUAAAUUGACAAACUAAAAGUUAUUACAUAUUUUGGGCAUUAUUCAUAAAUAUUUAAAUAAUGAAUUAGUCUGUUGCCUUUUGUGCUGUCUGUACUUUCUAUGUUGACAUGACGUGACGCAUUAGCCCGUGUAAUGUGUGAUGUGUGUGCGGCAGGUAGGUCGUGGCACUCGCUGCGCAACCGCUACCUGCGCCACAUCCUGCCCUCGCUGGGGCUCCUCGCGCUGUCCGCGCAGCACGCGGCCCGACUGCGCGCCGCCGCCGCACGAGGAGAGCUGAAACACCGCAAGCGGACAAAUUCAGAACAGAAUCCGAUGUACGCGGUCCCGCGCGUGCACAGCGCGUGGGCCGCGCGGCCGCGGUCGCCCGCCCCCACCCCCACCCCCUCCCCUGCGCCCGCCCCCACCCCCUCCCCUGCGCCCGCCCCCUCCCCCUCCCCAGCACCGGUAACGCUCAGAACGAGGAAGAAAGAGGACACGGAGAUCGCGCUCGAGGAGCGUCCCCCGCGUCGUUCGCUGCGCUCGGGCGGGCCGCCUCCCCCCGCCGCCGCCGCCCCCUCCCCCUCCUCCCCCACCCCCUCACGCGCCGCCGCCCCCCUCCCCGUCCCCGUCCCGCUGCUGCCGCAGGCGCGCGUGCGCCCGCGCAUGAGGAAACUGUACAACCCCAACACGGCCACCCUGUAG